AUUUAACGCUAAUCCUGAUCCGACCAAGUCCCGAGUCGUAAGUAAACUAGUCCCGAUAUGUCCUAGAUCGGAGCCACGGUUAAGCCUCUCCUCCCCGAUCAGACUUCCAACCAAAGCUUCAGACUUAACAGACUCGCACCAGCUUUGGACGCUCUGGGGCUCUGCCCAAACACAAAAGGAGCUGAGAAGGAAAAACGCCCAAAAAGAGGGAAAUGAAGUAGCAGCUAUGCACUACUCCGUACAUCAAACCGUGACGCUUGAUGGGGAAUCAAAACCCGCGUCGAUGUGAGCGUUGAUGGCAUCAUGGCAAGCUCAGCCACGGGCCACGGUCAACAUCCUGUCGUUAACCCCUUUUCCCUCUUUCGAUCCCACUGGCUAUCAGUGGCUGGUGGCUCUUUUAACUUCGCGACCAAAGUGCAGCCAAAGCGCUAAUGAGAAGCUAUUUCUUCCUUGGCCCUGCAGUGGCCUAUCGCGAGCCUGUCCAAAUAAAUUCGCCGGCUGGUACAGAAACGAUCGAUGGGCACGCGGACGAUCGAAUGAGGGUGCCACAAGUCAGUUUGCUGUUCACUGCUGAAGAUAUUUUUUUCCUAACUAUUUCUAUUUCCUUAUAACUAUUUCGGAUUCCUUUGGUUGCUUGCUAAACAAUAUAAUUAUUUGAGAAUGGUAGAAAGAAUUUCACUUAAAAGAUCGUCCGUUUUGUGGGGUUGAUCGUCAAGGCUUGUCAGAUUCGUACAGCGCUCGUCACCAGAAACCGAAACUAGAGCUGUUGCUCCUCUUUAGAGUCUACACUGUUAGCUCGUGUCAAUUCUGGCGGGCAAGCGUUUGUUUCUCUCCUGAUUGUUUAUGUUUCCAGUGAUCAGUAAACAAUCUACUUCCUUUGAUGCCUCCCCAAUCGCUUCGUCAUCGCUCCAUCUCCUCCCUUUCCGUGGUGUUGAAUGAACGCAAUGAACGCCGUUGCGAGUAGACCAUCCGCUUCCACGGCAAUGGCCUACAAUGGUGAUCCAUAUCGAGGCGUGGUCCCCGGCCGUCAGGCAUCGCCCGCUUUUCCUACCCCUGUGCAUCCCAGGAGCCAUUCUCCCAGAGCUCCCUCGAUGCAAUAUGCGCGAAAUAAUAAUUAUCCCAAUACGAACACUCCAAGAAUAUACUCUCCUACCGCUGCUGCCCCUUCUGGGAGCUUCAUUUUCCGCUCGUUCAAGCCCGCUAAUGCAGGCUCCAAAGAACAACUACCAUUCUCAAGGCCGUUGCCGCAGGAAGUCUAUGACUGUAUCAUCUCACAUCUGCAAUAUUCUCACAUGGCUCCCAAUAACGAGGGGUGUAUAACGUGUUACAUGCGAGAUUUAUAUUCUCUAGCAUUGACUAGCAGAGCUUGGGAAAAAGCUGUGAGGGGUAAACUAUAUAACAAAAUAUAUAUCCAAGGCAACGAUUCGCCGGCCCAACUCAAGAAAUACAAAUGGAAAAGAGGAAGUAGAUUAAGGCUGUUGCGACGAUCGCUGAGAUCAAGAAAAUUGCUGGCCAAUGCAGUGUUUGAACUUAGGGUACCGGAUCUGGAGACGGCAACGGGUGGAAAUAGCAAACAAAGCAUUACCGCGCAGGAAUAUCGCGACCUUGUGGCAUCAGUAGUGAUGGUGUGCCCGAACUUGGAACGCUUGGUUGGCCUUUCGCUGCCCUAUAAUCACGAGUUUGAUCGCUUGACGCAUGCUCUUUCAACGCGGAAGAAGCUUAAGGAACACGCGUGGAUCAUUGCGGAGAACCCUGAAAUCGGCGAGCGGUUAAAAAACCAGUCUUCCGAACUUUUAGAUAAUGGACAAGUCUUCCAGUUCCUCAACUACCACGCUUCGUGGUCCAAUCUCGAGACACUCAUGGUACAUUCUUUGGAUGGAAGUGGUAUGCUGGGACAUGGCGUAUUCUUACGCAUGUUCAACUUCCUGCCAUCCCUUCGUCACCUGACAGUUUGUGGUUUCCCUGCAGAUGAUUUUACCAACCGUACAUUAUUAUUUUUGCCUCCGUUGACAUCCCUCCGUCUUGAGAAUCUACCAGGAUUGACGGAAAAUGGACUAGCGCAUUAUGCAACUCGCCCAGAGGCCCGCGCCCUAGAAUCAUUGGCGUUAAUAGAACUAAAUAUCAGGUCUCUCCUGAUCAUUUCUAAGAUCUUUGCGUCCUUGAGCAGACUGGAACGCUUCAGCAUCUUCCAGACGAAGACUGCACCGACGUUCUCUGAUGGAGGGAUGGUAUUCCAACCAUUACUCGCUUCACCAGUCUUAAAGCAUCUCCAUUGGGACGUUCCAUGUCCAGAUACGAAUGGUUCUCUAACCGAUUUCCAAUCCUUCCCGCGCCUCUCGUCACUCAGCAAGUUCAACACAGCCAACUCUCAUCUGGCCCAGAGUAUCUUGAAUUCGGGGUUUCCAUGUCUGAAAUCUCUCCGUGCACCUCAUGACAUGGAUCCCCUUGGGGCAUUGCAGGCCGUUUGUCGGCCUACGCGAAACGGCCAGAUCAUGGUGCCUGCAGACCGCUAUUCCCUUCCCCGAAGCUCGCAUGGUCCAAUUCCGAAGCGGCCCUUAGCACUUCCAAGUGGAAACAACUUGACGUCAGCGCGCAUACGUGGCCAAACACUCAUCGAUAUGGCUGCUAAAAGCAGUGAAACGGGCAUCAAGAUUGUUGUUAGUGACCACUCCGGAGCGCUCAAGCUACCAGACCUACUCGCAUUCUCCGACCCGACCCCCGAACCAGGUCCGGAUGAUAGAUAUGACAUAUUAGGCCCGUUGGAAAAAAAAGGGGUUGUUCCUCCACCUAGACGAGAUCCACGUGGUAUCACGGUGCAUGAAUUUACUCUUCCAUUGCGCGUGGGUCGAGUCUGCACAUCAUCUGGUACAGGUGCGGGUGCACCCCCCCGCUUUGCCCUGACCCCCGACAUCCCCGGCUCAGACGCCGAAGGCGGUCUAAUUAGCUGGCGCCAUUUCCUCUCCUCAAAUCAAACCCUAGCAUACUUAGCAGCGGUAGGAGCUGGUGCAGUAGCAUCAUCGUCGCCUUUACUUAUCGACAGAAGAAACACCGGCUCGAGCAUGAAUGAUGACACGGCAACUGUUUCUUCCCCAUCUUCAUCUCUAUUCGGCUCCUGGGGCGGCGGCGGCAGUGCCGGAAGCAGCAAUUCUAAUCAUAGAUCGAGUCAACCAUUAUCUCCGCGUACACCAGCACCCAUGUCUCCAACGAUGCAGAUGGGUAACUCCCAAGCUGCCACUGGGUUCAGUGUCGGCUCUAGCGCUUGGCCGGGGCAGCCGUUUUGGACUGCUAGAGAGACUUGUGAUGGGGCCUGGAACCGGGGAUAUAAACUGGGGAAGGACUGGUGGUCGCAUGUCGAACGGGAGAGGGCUCAAACUGGGAGUACCUCGAUAGAUGUAGUGAGGCAAGAGCAACUAUUUUGAAGGAGAGAUUAUGUUAAUGUUUAAUGUUUAAUUCUCUUUUUAGGAGAAAGCAAAUUUUAAGAUAGUAGAUUAAAAUGCCCUGCUUUUACCUAGGAAGGACCAUUUCGUCCUGCAUUUCGUGCCUAUCCUUUAUUUCUGUCUUCGAUUAACCUUGAAUACCGAAUUGUUGUCAGGUAUCCCUCUGUAACAAAGAGUCACCUAUUCAGGAGCGAGGUUCAUUCAUCCUAGUUAUCCAUCCUAGUCUCCUAAUUUCCCCUAUUCACUUUUAUCUGACUCUCAUCUCAAAAGGCAACUAUAUAACCCCCCUUAUAUUUACUCCCUGUUUUACCUUUUCAUUUCCUCUUCUCCAUUCCUCCCUUCCCCUUCGAAACUAAGCCAGCCUUGAUCCUUUGGACUUUCGAUAUUACGCUCUCUCUCUCUUUUUUUCUUUUUUACUAUUUCAUCUGCUGUCCUUCGAGAAUAUGAUCCUCCUUCUGCGCCCACCCACGUAAACAUGCCCAAUAGCUGAGCAUAUGCUGGGAAAGAGCAUAUACAUAUUCAUCUCUAGAUUACUGGUGAAAAUACCAGGUGGCCUUUAAUUCUGUUACAGAAAUUAUCACACUCAUCGCAGAACGUAAAAAAUAUUGAAACCGUUGCUGAAAAAGCUAACACCAGGAUUUGA